UGCAGGAUUCACGCUGGGAGCUCGAACAUGAAGCUUCAGGAAAACACAGAGAGCGUUUCAGCCGCUGACCCUGGUGAUCUGCACAAUGCUGCUUCAUCUGCAGCAUGUCAAAGAUGAAUCCCUUCUUGUCUGACUAAUUUGACACUUUUGGACAAUCAAAGUGAGCACAGAGGCAUCUGUCUGCUUCACAAACCUGAGGCAGUCAGCAAUAGAUUUUAAGUAGCCUUUGUGUGAGUGUGGUGCCACCUUGGAUCCAUCGUGGGAUUACUGCCCGUCUGGGCAUCCUGCAUAUGGGCCCGAGACGCUUCAAACCAGCAACUAUUUCCUUGUGUUGCUGGUUCAGCUCAGUCUGCUCUCCUUUGACCUGUUUGUUAACUCGUUCAGUGAGCUGCUGAGGGAAGAGCCAGCUGUCCAGCUGAUACUUUUCAUCAUCCAGGAUAUUGCAGUCCUGUUCAACCUGAUCGUCAUCACGCUGAUGCUGUUUAACACCUACGUGUUCCAGGUCGGCCUGGUUGCGAUACUGCUGCAGCGAUUUCGAGCGGUGCUACUUCUCUCUGCUCUCUAUUUGAUGUUCAGCAUCAUCCUCCAUUCCUGGCUCAUGAAUCUACGCUGGUUAAAUAGCAAAGCAUUUAUUUGGACAGACGGCCUUCUGGUGUUGUUUGUACUGCAGAGAAUUGCUUCAGUGUUGUACUACUACUUCUACAAGAGGACGUCAGAGUAUUUGGGGGACCCUCGUCUCUAUGAGGACUCUCAGUGGCUGCGAGAAGCCUUGGCUCAGCCCAGACAGUGACGAGUGGCAGAUGGCGUGAAGCCGAA